GUCACGUGAUUAUUCCCUCUCCAAGUUAGCGGGUAAGCGGAAUUCCCGUUGAUUUUCUCUUGCGACUGUCAUUCACAUUCCUUCGAUUCCUCGGAGUCCGUUGGCUGGAAUUCGCCGCAACGCCUGAGAUAGAAAAAAGAUCAAGCCAUGUGGGAGGAUAAACACGAAGAUUUGAGAGGCAGAGGGGUUUCGUGAUAUAAACCAUAUGUCAUUGAGUUGAAAGUAGUUAAAAGUUAUUGUCAGAGAUCUUGGACGAAGAAAAAUAGAAAGGCAGUGGUAUAAAUUGAAUCAAUCUUUGUUUUUUUAUACGAAAAGAUAUCAAUUGAAUGUAUUUUUAUUAAAAUAUAAAAGGAAAAUUAAAUUUACUUAAACAUUAUAAAUUAUUUCAAACAAAAGAGGCAGAAAAUGGAUAUGAAAGUGGAAAAUGAUCCCAUUGUUAAAGAGAUACCAGUAUUCCUCUCGAAGACUUUGGCUGAGAAACUGUUUGUUAUACAGUAUCCUAUAUAUGUCAAAAAUGGUUAUACUAAAACUAUAUUCUCAAAAACUUCCAUUAAGCCUGAAAAUCAGAAAAUUUGUCUAGAAAUCACAAUGGAUACACUGAAUGAACAUUCUUAUGAUCAUAAUACUGGAAAACAGUUGGCUUUCAAUAAAAAUAAAAAAUCAACAGAAGAAGAUAAUGAAAAUACAUUUGAUAAUGGUCUGAUGGAUAAGCUCGUGUUGACUUCAGAGCGGGCAUUACCAGAUUGCUCAAAUUUUGCAGUUGGGGUCUUUCAAGAUGACGAGUUACAUAUUACACCAUUGAAGGGGAUGUUGCAUAUGAAGUUGCAAUGCGAUUAUCUAGAUGAAAAUGACAAACAUGUCAGAGAUGAAAAAACAGAUAUAAGAGAAGACGAUACUGAGGAAGAAAAUAGUGCCACACCAGUGCAAGUAAAAUUUGUUAAGCAUCUAUCAGACAAUCUGAAAAAGAAACAGGAGCAAUCUUUCCAUUAUCAUAACAAACAAAUAGAAGAAGAACGUUGGAUACAUACAAAUUAUAUAUUGCCUGAUGAUAUCCUAGCUAAGUUGACACGGAUGGAAAUGUUCUGUCCAUCGAUCGAAGAAUCAAUGAAUCCAAAUUUGUCUCAGAAACAUUAUUUGCAUAUAUUAGUACCACAAUUACCUAAGGUACGCAAUUUACUUCCAAGAAUCAGAUAAACUUUUGUUAUCAUGACUUUAUCUUUAUUAGACCAAAUUAGAAAGAUAAGGGAAGUUAUUCUUAAACACAUAUACAUGUAUAUAUGCAUUUACAUAUUUAAAAAAAUAAAUAAAGAAUAAAAUUUAAUGUAUAA